AUGGAGCAUGGGCAGAAACCCACUUUAUCAAUUGGUAGUGCCGCACACGAACAGUUGAAAGCUAUUGUGCUGAAGCCUGAAUUCCAAAGCGACCUAACACAUACUAGUCCCUUCGGAGGGACUAGUUGGUGCGCGAACAUUGCGAGUAGCAGUACCCCUACAACACUUUUUCAGGCCGGCCAAUACGUAUCCGUCAUACGUAUGCAUGUCAACUCUACACCAGAACGAGUUACGCAUGGCGGAGAUGCGUGGGGAAAGGGUCGUGAAACGGACUACCACAAUCAAACGGAAGUUUAA